CAAAACAAAAGCCUCUUAAGACAGCGUUAUUCAACACCAGAAACCUGGCAUAAACCCAUGGAUUACGUUGCACUGAAUCAGACCACACCAACUGGCUAUUCGUACGUCGACAAUCCUCGUGCAGAAGGUCGGGGAGGAGGCAUUGCUGUCAUCCACCGAGAUGACCUCACCCUCAGCCCCCUCUCCAUCCCUGCUGCUUCAUCUUUUGAACACCUGGCCUUCAGACUCCCUGGCCCACAAUCGCUCACGGUUGCCAUCAUUUACCGUCCCCCUAAAACCACUUCAUCCUUCCUCUCUGACUUCACUGACUUUUUCACCCAGCUGUCUUCCAUUUCAUCAUCUCUCCUCCUCCUUGGAGAUUUCAACAUCCACAUCGACUCACCAAAAUGCAAAUUCUCAGCUGAUUUUUUGGACAUUUUAAACUGCUUCAACCUCACCCAGCAUGUAAAUUCCCCCACCCACAGCCGUGGACACAUCCUGGACCUGGUCUGCUCAACAGCCUGUCUCUGUAUCCAAAACCUCUCACUAACCGACCUUGCGAUUUCGGACCACCUUGCUAUCACCAUGGACAUCAACAUUCCCAUCCCCGGCUCCAAACACACAUACACAAUUACCUUCCGCAACCUUAAAUCCCUCUUCCCUAUCUCCUUUUCAUCUUCCAUAUCUGACAUCAUCACAGCCUCCUCCUUCCCUGCAAAUCCAACUCCGCCUGAACUUGUUGUCUACAACCGGACUCUCUCCACUUGCCUCAACCAACUUGCCCCCCUUAAGACAAAAACUGUUUCUUUCUCCCACUCCACCCAAUGGUACACUCCGGAACUACAUAUCCUCAAAAAGAAACAAAGACAGCUGGACAGCCUCUGUAAGAAAAUUGGACUCACUGUUCAUUCCCAAGCCCACAAAGACCAUGCCACCAUGUACAAAGCUGCACUCAAUAAUGCCUGCUCCAAAUUUUACUCCGACAUCGUCCACUCCAACUCCUCAAACCCUCGCACCUUGUUUUCCACCAUCAACAAACCAACCAAACCGGAGGACAAUAUCACCGUCACCUUCACUACAGACAAAUGCAACAACUUCCUGCCCUUUUUUCACUCAAAAAUUGAUUCAAUACACAGACAACUUGCCUCCACCCACUCCCUCUCAGAACCAGAGCUCAACCCAUCUACCAGUCAUAGCCUCUCAUCCUUCUCACCCUUAUCCCCAUUUGACGUCUCUAAACUUUUCUCCACCACGAAACUCACCACCUGUCACCUGGAUCCCAUCCCAUCAUCGCUCAUUAAAGCCUGUCUCCCAUCUCUCAUCCCACUCAUCACCAGCAUCAUAAACACUUCCCUCACCACUGGUUCUGUCCCACCUUCACUCAAAUGUGCUGCAAUUACUCCCAUCCUUAAAAAACCUGGCCUGAACCCUGACAACCUCGAAAAUUUCAGACCCAUCUCCAACCUCCCACUGCUCUCCAAAAUACUGAAAUGCUCUGUCUUCACUCAACUCCAGCAAUAUCUCCACUCAUAUGGAAAAUAACUUCCUUAAACUCAACAGCAAUAAAACAGAACUCCUCCUCAUCGGAUCCAAAACGCUCCUCCCCUCUGCCCAGGACUUCUCCCUCGUCAUCGAUGGUCACAACGUCACCCUCACCCCCUCCAUACGAAACCUUGGCAUUAUAAUGGACCCCACCCUCUCCUUCAAAUCCCACAUCAGCAACAUCACCAGGACAUCAUUCUUCCACCUACGCAACAUUGCCUGUCUUUGCCCCUCCCUCUCUCACUCCACUGCUGAAAUACUCAUUCACAUCUUCAUAACCUCCAGACUUGACUACUGCAACAGCAUUCUCCACGGACUUACCGACCUCCGUAAACUACAAUACAUACACCUUACUGAUCUUCUCCAUCGCCAUUCCCCCACCCGCUGUCUUCGAUCAGCGGACUCCAACAUCCUAGCCCCAUUCACCAGAAUCAAGCUCCGAACCCUGGGGGACCGAGCCUUCGCCACUGCCACCCCGACCCUCUGGAACUCUCUCCAUCAAUACAUCAGAAACUCAGAUUAAUUUCAGACCUUCAAAUCCCAGCUCAAACCCACCUGUUUAAACUGGCAUUCUUUUGAACCAAUUCAUUUCUCCACUACUUGUCAUCAUUGUUAUUGUCAUUGCUAUUAUUACUAUUGUUAUUAUUAUUGUUGUUUCUGUUGUUCAGUGUCUUUGAGUGUGCUAUACAAAUUUUAUGUAUUAUUAUUAUUAUUAUUAUCAUUAUCAUUAUUAUUCAGAAAAAAAAAUCAAGCUACAGUCCAAAACAGCCACAGCAAAGGUUUUCUGCUCUCAUAGUGAAAGAAUUUUAUUUUUCCUUGAUUCACACCUUUUAUUCCAUAAAAUUAUUCCUCCAGACGUUCAGAAAUGUUACUGAUGUGAUGUGUUCUGUUUUCCCUCAUUCUGCAGAUUCAUUCUUUAAAUCUGCAACGAAAGUUAACAAUAACAUUUCUUUCUAUAUAAUAAAUGUGAUUAGUCUUGUUUCCUAUUCAUUUAAUAUGUAUAUGAAAAAAAUGUCAUAUCCAAGGAUGAAAAUUUACAAACAA